CUGGGGCGAACCAUUCCGCCGAUAGACUCUACGAGCUUCUACCGCGCGUAGACCUUUGGGGGAUUCUCCCUGUCGUGUUACCCGACGACGAAAGCAAAAAAUAUUUACACAUAUAUUUCUACAUAUCGGAGGAGUUCCCGGCGCGAUUUACCUGCCACCGGGUUGAAUUUAGCAAUGUUUUACAGCCGAGCUGUACGUUGGCGGCACGAAUUUUAAAUGCAGUGGAAUGGUACGAGAGACGGAAAAAGUGUUUUUUUUCUCGCAACUGGACGAAGCAACACACGGUGAAGAGUGUUCAACUUGUGUAGUUGUUGAAGGAUCGUUUUCCUUGCUUCGGUGUUCCAGCAGUUUCCCCGACAGUUUGGGUGCAGUCACGCCGGGAGAAGGCACAGAGCGACGGCUGCCUUGCUCCGGCUAGCGCGCCUGCUGCUGGUUCCGUUUCUCGGACCUUAAGGCCUGCUCGUCGACGGCGACAAUGCUUGACAUAAUGUCCGAGCACCAAGAUUCGCUUUUGACGUGCAAAACUGAACCUUUGCCCCCAGAAAGGAAAAGAAGAACUGUGGAGGACUUCAACAAGUUCUGCAGUUUUGUCCUGGCCUACGCUGGUUACAUCCCCAGUCCCAAAGAGGAAAGCUCAUGGUCCCCGACGUCGUCCAGCUCCGCCCACAGUUCGUCAGCAGACGGCGGCGGCGUGAGCAGCACGUGGGCGGACGGCGGCCCGGACAUCCACACCAUCCACACGUUUGUCCACAAAGCUCGUGCCAAUAAGGGCAAAAGCAUGCACCCCGAUAGCGCUUUGCUGGACAAGAUGCGUCUGAAGGACUCGCUGUACGAGAGCCAGGCGGCCAGCGCCAAGGCCGAGCGCAAAAAGGACAAAAAGCUCAAGAGGCUGUCGCUGGCGGCGGCUGAUAGCGGCAGCAGCGAGGGUGAGAAGCGGGCGCGCAUCAAGCGCAGCAAGAACUCCAAGCAGCCCAAAGCCAAGAAGCUCAAGAGUUCGCCGCUGCCGCCGCACAGCGACUCGGAGGAGUGGCGGCCCCUCCGCGGGGGGCCCUCGCCGCAGGCCGCCCAAGACAAAACGCCGCCCCAUGAGGGCGUCGGGGACGGCGAAAUGAGCUCCAGCGAGGGCGAGACCUGGAUCGCCGACGAAGACAUCAUGGUGGAGUCAGGCGACGAUUCGUGGGAUCUGAUCACGUGCUACUGCGGCAAGCCGUUCGCCGGGCGGCCGAUGAUCGAGUGCAACCAGUGCGCCAUCUGGGUGCACUUGUCCUGCGUCAAGAUCAAGAAGUCCAACGUCCCAGACAUCUUCUACUGCCACAAGUGCAUGCACUCCAGGCGCUCGGGGCACAAAAAAGACACUUAAAAGAAACAAAACAGCAGCAAAAGCAAAUUCUCGCUUUGCGUGCCCCUCCCCCUCGCUAAAGCCAAAAGAGCCCAACAUUAAACCAUAGUCGGAUGAUUUAUUUAGACAAUCAAGGUUUUGUAUCCCUGGCAGCCUUUUGUGUCAGAGGAACUGUAAGAAUGGGUUUUGUUUUUCUCUAGCGCCUUCCUUAGUGUCAUCAAAAUAGAAAUUUUCCCUGAAGAACUUGUUUUGUAAUUAUUUGGGGAGGUAGUUGUCAGUGGUAAGGACACUGAUUCUUAAUGUCAACAACAAAAUCUGCCUAUUGAUCAGAAAAAUAUUUUUGGUUUAGCCCCCUUUUUGGAACAAACACACACACUUUAUUGUCUUGCAUAAUUUAAUUUUUUUCAGUGUUAAAAUAAAAUGUGGCAAAAUGUUUUGGUUUUUUUGGUCAUCAGCACGCAAGAUAUUUGAAGCAUUGCACUUUUUGGAAUGGGGUCGAGGGAAAUACGUUCACGACGGAGCUCUUAGCAAUGCCGAUUGUAUUUUUUUUUUUCCUCCCCUCCCCUAUUUGAGAAGAACUCGCGGGCACCUCAUUUCAAAAAUGAUUGUAUGGGUUUGAUUUUGUAAGCCGUGUGUGCGCCUCAUGAAAGAUAACAUAAGUUUUUCUUUGUUUGUUUUCUUUCCUUCCCAUUGGAGAAUGUGUUGGAUGUUUUUUGGGUUUUUUUUUUUUUUUUUGCUUCUCGCGUUGGGGGGGGGGGGAGCCCUGUACAUAUCCUCUUGGACAACUGUACAUAUGUGAAAGCCAAUGCAAAAAUCUAUAUUUUCUGCAGUCCAUUAUUGUUUUCUUUAAUUGUAGUUUAAGAAUAAUAAAAGUCUUUGAGAACAUAA